AGAAGUGUCGCACAAACUUGAGAGAAAACCACAAUACUACGGACCUGACAAGCGGGUGAGAAUACUCUUAAAUUCGUCGCUUUCCCCACCAUUUAUAGCCAUCUCUAUGUGGAUUUUCUGUGUAUAUCCUGUAAGUCUACAGCAUGGAGGAUAUGGAAGAAGACAGCUUUGACCUACUUGAUGACCACAACCAUAACUACUGUGAGAACGGAACCCACUUGUAUCUCAGGACCAAAAUGUCAGAUGCUCCCCAGCCACAACCUGUCUCACCGGUGCCUCUCAUGCUAAGGGACCAUGAAAAGGUCUGUUCCAGCAGCACCAGUAAUUCAAAGUUAAUGGACUUAGAUUCAAGCAGCGAGAGCAGCAGUGAGAUCAGCGACAUUGAUAGCCACGCUUCGUCAGCUCUUGCCGGAGCACUGACUCUGAACUCAGCCUCAAAGUUUCUAAUGAAUGCUAUGACGGAGGAGGAUUAUAGAAACACAUACUGGCCAAACCUGGAGAAAGCCAUUGACCACCUACUCAUCCAAAACCCCUCGGACCACAUCUCUAUUUCAUAUGAGCAAAUAUACAGUUAUGUGUACAAGUGUGUAUGUCAGCAACACUCAGAGUUGCUGUACAAAGACUUGAUGUCGAAGAUUACUAUCCACCUUCAGCAAGUAUCUUCAGACUUACAGAUUUGUCCACCAGAGAAUUUUAUUGAAAGUUUCAACCUUGCUCUAACUCAAUACACAGCUGCUCUUCAAUGCAUAGUUCCUGUAUUCAUAUAUAUGAAUAAGUUCUACAUUGAAACAAAGCUAAAUAGAGACUUGAAAGAAGAUCUUAUGAAGCUGUUCACUGAUCAUGUUGCAGAAAAACAUGUGAACACAUUGAUUCCACUUCUGAUCAAAGCCCAUUCCAUGCCCUUUCAAGUCAGACCAUCAACUAUGGCUAGUGUGGUUAAAGGAUUGUAUUGUCUCAAACCAGAGUGGGCCCAGUCAGCUCCUGCCCUGUUCUCUGGAUUCAUCCCUCAGAUCAACCCUCCUGCAGUGGAGUCUCAGCUCUCUGACUAUGCAGCUCAUGACCAGAAAUUGCAGAUGGAGCUCUCUCUUAAGGGCUUUUCCAGAGGUGACCAGUCUCGCAAGAGGACCAGUGAGGAUUCGCCGUAGAGUAAGGCUAAGGCGUACUCAGCUCG